UCAAGAUUUACUUUCCUGAGCAGCUGGGUUUCGACAAGCUCCAGGCGUCGUCAGCAGAGGGCACGCUGUCUGAUAUUGAGAUCGAAGGGAUUUUCAAUCGCGGUAACAUUUUUUGCCGGGAAAUCACGCAAACCAGCUGCGCCUGCCGCCUGAUCGAGGUCAUUGUCCAAGCGCGGUGGAUUGAGCACUUUGACUCGUACGUCGAGCUACUUGCCAUCACUAAACCCAGUAUGUCCCGCGCCAAACGCCGCAAAGCGACGCUCAUCAAGACAUGUAACGACUUUGGGUGGUCCGAGAAGGAGUUGCGAAACAGGAUGGCCAUCUGGCGCGGUUACAAGGACAUCAAGGACGCGGGAGGCUGGGCAGUGCUUGUCUUUUCCGGCGUGGGAUUCUACCGCUUCUGCAAAUACAGAGUUGGAUUUGACCCGGAUAGCAUGCAGCGACUCCGGUGCCUCCGGCCGCAGAUUGAGGUCGCCGCCGAUACGCUGCACCCCACAUGGCGGCAUCUACUCGUGAUUGUCGGUGAACGUACGCAGCGUCGCUUUUUCGGCCACCCACACGACUGGGUAGUCUACAGGGACGGUUCGGUUCCGGUAUCGCUCCGGUCGACAUACCUCAAGUACAACCCUAACUUCAGCUUUGAGCAGCUUGAACACUCAGUCAUAGAUAUGAGCGCGUGGGGUACCGAUGACCCACGGUGGGUGCCGCCAGUGGACGCCGUGGCUUGUGUCCUAGGCGUACACACAUGUCAAUCGUGCGGGCGGGAACAGUCCGAAGACCCUAAGACCAACUCGUGCUACUGCUUCCCGACGUUAUUUGGGUUCGGACGCCGGUUCCCCUCUCCGGUGCAGGUGUUCCGGACCUCUGACGGACGCAACAACGGCCUGAUGGCUCUGUGUCCGUUUGAGCGCGGCGCGGCGAUAGGUGAAUUUGUGGGCCUUAUCACGAGAGAUUUGCAAAAAACAGACGUCAUGGAUAGCUCGACGGGUGGCCGAGCCUAUCAGAUCUGGCAAGGUCGGCAGGGCAACUUUACGAGGUUCAUCAAUCACAGUCGCCAGUCCAAUGCGCAAUUCCAGCAAUUUGUGUGGAUGAGUACGCAACGCAUCAUCCUACUUCCGCGACUUGCCGUGACGGCCUGUGUUAUCCCGUCAGCUCUGGUUGGCUUUGAGUCAGGUUUGCCCACCGCCAUAGCCACUCUAGAAGGGACCUAUGUUCUACUGCCCCCAUGCCCACGGCUGGUCCUGAUCCUUCCGAAUCCACCUGUGCCUCAGAGAGACACCAAAAAGAAACCCUCGGCUGCCUUCCAGCAGAUGAUCAGGGGACUUUCGGCCUCUGACCUCGUGGUCUACUCAGACGGGUCGAUGCUCGCCGAAAGCGCAGUGGGCUACGGGUCUUUGAUGCCGAAGCUGAAGGAGCCCGGCAAGGCCUGCGGCGAGCACUUCGUCUAG